AACUCAGAGUAGCAACUGCUGAGACCACCUUGAGAAGAGGAUGAACCUAAACAGAGCCCUGAUUUGGGGGGCCCUCACCCUGACCACCGUCCUGGGUCGCUGUGGAGGUGAAGACAUUGUGGCUGACCACGUUGGGGCCUAUGGCAUAAAUGUCUUCCAGUCUUACGGUCCCUUCGGCCAGUACACCCAUGAAUUUGAUGGAGAAGAGGAGUUCUACGCGGACCUGUCCAAGAAGGAGACUGUCUGCUGGCUGCCUGGGUUCAGUGAAUUUAAAUAUUUUGACACUCGGAAUGCACUGAGAAACAUGGCUAUGUUAAAAUACAACUUGCACCUCCUGAUUGAACGCUCCAACUAUAAGACUGCUCCCAAUAAGGUUCCUGAGGUGACUGUGUUUCCCAAGGCUCCCGUGGAGCUGGGCCAGCCCAACACCCUCAUCUGUGCCGUGGACAACAUCUUCCCUCCUGUGAUCAACAUCUCGUGGCUGAGCAACGGGCACUCAGUCACGCAGGGUGUUUCUGAAACCAGCUUCCUGUCCAAGAGUGAUGAUUCCUUCCUCAAGUUCAGUUACCUCGCCUUCCUCCCUUCUGCUGACAAUGUCUAUGACUGCAAGGUGGAGCACUGGGGGCUGAACCAGCCACUCCUGAAGCGCUGGGAGCCUGAGAUUCCAGUCCCCAUGUCAGAGCUGAUGGAGACAGUGGUCUGUGCCCUGGGGCUGGCCAUGGGCCUCGUGGGCAUCAUCACAGGCGCCAUCUUCAUUAUCCAGGGCCUGCGCCCAGGUGGUGUCUCAAGACAACAAGGGCCCUUAUGAAGGGAAGGUGCAUUGCCAUCCAAAAGCAGAGAGUGGACAUGCUGGAUGGCAGCACUAUUUCCUGGCCACGUUCAUCACAUUACCUCUCGCUUCCUACACUCAUCCUCUCACUUCUUCUCUGACUACAGGUGCUGCAGCUCCCUCAGAUCUCACAUACCUCUCAGAAUUCUCCCCCAAACUCUUGAAUUUUUUCCCAGUUGUUACCUAUUGUGGGAUUCCUGAGGUAUCCACCCAGUUACCUAAUCCCUCAGUGACCCUGAACUAAUAUCUCUGUGGAAGGAUAAACUCCCUUUAUGAGAUCUUUACUGAAAAUUUUCCUGUCGUUUAUGUCAGGACUGACUACGACCAUGGCCCUUUAUGCUUCAGGCCCAUUUAAUCUCAUUUCCCAGAUCAGGUUUCAUGCCCAGUAACACAAAAGAAAGCAAGUAUAGUCUGAUAAUAUUUUGAUAUCUUAGCUGAAGUUAAUUUUUCUCUCUUCCUUGUGUUCCCACCUUUGGCCACUGCCCCACCCCACCCCCAAUUCAGGCAUCAAUGAAGGUCCUA